UUAGCUAUGAUAUUUAUGCGAAUUUAUAAAUUGGGUGAGACGAGGUCAAGCCAAACGACUACGAGGCAGACAAAGCAGCGAAGAAAACCCAAACCAAGUGCCCUUCUCUGGGAUUCGAUUUCGAGAUGGGGGACAAUCUGAUGGAUAAAGUCAGCGCCUUUGGUGAGCGCCUGAGGAUCAGUGGAGCUGAGGUGGGACAGAAGAUGAAAACUGGCAUGAGUUCUAUGUCCCUCAAGAUGAAAGAGCUAUUCCAAGGUCAGAACCAAGCAGAGAAGAUGGUUGAAGAGGCCACUGCAGAGACGUUGGAGGGACCUGAUUGGUCUAUCAAUCUUGAGAUCUGUGAUUUGAUCAAUGGUGAAAAGGUCAACAGUGUUGAACUGAUACGGGCUAUCAAGAAUCAGAUCAUGUUGAAGAAUCCAAGAGUUCAAUAUCUUGCGUUGGUUCUUCUUGAGACCUGUGUUAAGAACUGUGAGAAGGCCUUCUCAGAAGUUGCUUCUGAGAGGGUCCUGGAUGAGAUGGUCAAAUUGAUCGACAACCCGCAAACUGUAGUGAACAAUCGCAAUAAAGCGCUGCUUCUAAUUGAAGCAUGGGGAGAAUCAGGAAAUGAACUACGAUACCUUCCGGUGUACGAGGAAACUUACAAGAGUUUAAAAUCAAGAGGUGUUCGUUUUCCUGGACGUGAUGAUGAGAGUUUGGCUCCAAUAUUUACCCCACCACGUUCAGUUCCAGAAACAGAGAAUCUGUCUCAGGAGGCUUAUAAUGAUGUUCCUGUGCAAAGCUUUUCUCCUGAACAAAUAAAAGAAGCAUUUGAUGUGGCUCGAAACAGCAUUGAACUCCUUUCAACGGUUUUGUCAUCUUCCCCACAGCAAGAUGCUUUAAAGGAUGACCUGACAACCACCCUUGUGCAACAGUGCCGCCAAUCUCAGUUCACCAUCCAAAAGAUCAUAGAAACAGCUGGUGAUAGUGAGUCUACGCUCUUUGAGGCCUUGAACGUGAAUGAUGAACUUCAGAAGGCCCUGACCAAGUAUGACGAUCUGAGAAUGCCACCUGUUGUGCAGUCUGAACCAGAGCCUGCAAUGAUACCAGUUGCUGUAGAACCUGAAGACUCUCCUCGGCUCAGCAAAGAGGAGGUGCUUGUUAGAAGAUCGGCGGCCUCCCGAGCACAAGGUGGAGAUGAUAAUAUGAUGGAUGACCUUGAUGAGAUGAUAUUUGGUAAGAAAGGAGGCGACUCAUCUGAAGGUCAGGAUCCCAAAAAAAAGCAGCAGAAGGAUGAUCUUAUCACCUUCUAAAAGUCGUUUUUUUUUUUUUUUUUCCCACUCCCACACUGUUUCUAGGUUUGAGGCCAAUUGUAGAGAUAGUUGAUUGGCCUUGCUGGUUGUAGACUUGAAUAUUUGAUGAUUUGUCAGAUAAAUGAUUGAUACAUGCGUUGAAAUGGAACAUUCCAUAUCACGAUAAAA